CAGAAGUGUUUUAAACUAUGGAGUAAAAGUGAUUUUAACAUUGGUGUUAACAUUAAGGAUUUAUUUUAGAUUAUAAUUUACUUUGAACUUGGAAUUAACUGAAUCGGUUAUACAAGAAGAUUUACAUGAGAUUAUACUUUAGGAUAUUAAAAAUUUAAUAAAUCUGAUAGUAAAAAACUCUGGAAAUAGCUGUAAAGAGGAAUAUAAGUAGACGUCAUCAUUUAACAAAAUGGCUGCCAUUUUGAAAGGAGAUACCACUGUUCUUCCAAAAGAGAAACAUUUACUGUCGCAGCUUACUCAACAUCCAAUGUUCUUGGACCUUAAGAAAACUCUUGCAGAUGAUAUCUCAAAAAUGGAAUCGCCAUUUACUGUUCUUCCAAAUAAGGCCAAAGAAAAUAAGGGACUUGACGAAGGUGAACUAUUGGAUGAAUUUUCAAACUUGUCGUCAUUGAAAAACUCAAAAGUCAGUGAAUUAGAAACUUUUUACCAGACACAAUCAGUUACGAUUGAAACUCAACGAAGCGAUGCACUAAGUGGUCUUAAAGUUGGAAAGACCAAUUUUGGUGAGACGGAAUCAGAAGUGAACAAACAUUUCAAUGAACAAACUCAUCAUCUUGUGACACGAGUCAGCCAGAGUCUAGAACUUCUGAAAUCAAGCUUUGCCCUCUCAGGAAAAGAACAGAAAAAAUCACGGCAAUUAAACUCAAGAGCCAUAGAAAUAAUGUCCAAAUGGUACGAGAAGCACACCGACCAGCCAUACCCCACAGAAGAACAAAAGCAAAAGAUGGCAGAUGAAGGAGGAAUCACAAUCGCGCAAGUCAAAGCAUGGUUUGCGAACAAACGUAACAGGACCUUCAACACACGACCAAAGCGUCAACAACGUCAACUGGAACAGAAACUUAACUCUAUAUGUAAAGAUAUGAUCCAUGAAGGACAUGGGAAACAAUACAACAUGCUCGAUAAUAUAUUUGAUCAAAUAUCAGACAUUGUUCAGGAUAAAACAUCCAGUGUGCAACAUUCAAUUCGCUACACAGCAGCUGGAACUAAACUUCCUGUUGCGAGAAAUCUUAAUGCACAAUAUGAUAUGACAUUUUACAGUAGCAAUGUUAACCAGUAUAUGAACACGAUGUAACAGUAGAAACAUGUACAAUACAU